AUGAAGUCAAGGCGCGCCGGAAUGUCGCGUGGCUAUGAGGAAAUGGACGGUGCAAACGUUCCCCGGCCUGCUGGGACAGCCGUGGCAACGGCUCCCGGUGGCACACCGACAGCAGCGCCCGAGGUGGGAUCCGGUGGUGCGGUGGCAGCGGCCACUCCGACCGCCGCCACCGGCACGAUGCUCGCGGGAGCGGCACCCGAGUUCGAGUUGGCCUCGGUCAGUGUGGUUCCGGACGAUACCUACACCGUGACGCAAGCGGUGAACGCACUCGGAUUCGGUUGGUUUCAGGUGAAACUGUCACUCUGCGUCGGGCUCUGCUGGAUGGCCGACUCGAUGGAAAUGACCAUACUGAGUGUGCUGGGGCCCGCGUUGCACUGCGAUUGGGGAAUCACCAGGUAUCAGCAAGCGCUCGUUACCACAGUCGUGUUUCUCGGUAUGAUGCUUAGCUCAACCUUCUGGGGACACCUGAGUGAUCGGUACGGUCGGAAGCCGGCUCUAACACUUUGCGGUGUUUUGCUGUUCCUGUACGGGCUGCUCAGUUCCGUUGCCCCGAGCUUCGGAUGGUUGCUGCUGCUGCGCGGACUGGUCGGUUUCGCCAUUGGCUGUGUCCCACAAUCUGUCACACUCUACGCGGAGUUCCUGCCCACGAAGCAGCGUGCCAAAUGUGUCGUACUGUUGGAUUGCUUUUGGGCGUUGGGUGCAUGUUUCGAAGUGGCCCUUGCAUUGGCCGUGACACCCAACCUGGGCUGGCGUUGGUUGCUCGGCCUAUCGGCUGCACCGCUGUUCAUUUUUGCAAUCAUUACACCGUGGCUUCCUGAAUCCGCCCGCUACCACGUGACGAGCGGCCAGAGUGAUAAGGCGCUCAACACUUUGGAGCAGAUAGCGAAGGACAACCGCCGGCCGAUGCUGCUCGGCCGGUUGGUGGUGGAAGGACCGAGUGGUUCGCGGGGCAGCUUUAAGGCCCUGCUGGGCAGCUCGCUGCGACGCACCACACUGCUGCUGUGGUUCAUCUGGAUGUCGUGUGCCUUCUGCUACUACGGCUUGGUGCUGAUGUCGACGGAACUGUUUGGGGGCAAGAAUAAAACCAUCACGGAUGCCCUGGCGGACGAUGCGACGAGCGACUGCCAACCGCUGGCCACGACCGACUACAUGGACCUGCUGUGGACCACGUUGGCCGAGUUCCCGGGCAUUUUUGCAACGAUUUAUGUGAUUGAAAAGUUUGGCCGCAAAAAGACGAUGGCACUACAGUUCCUGCUGUACGCCGGUUGUGUGCUCAUGAUCACCAUUACGGAUGUACGUAUUUUCCUCACCAUCAUCCUGUUUAUGGCGCGUGGUGUUAUUGCGGGCCUGUUUCAGGCGGCCUACGUGUACACGCCGGAAGUGUACCCGACGGCACUGCGGUCGGUCGGCGUCGGAGGCUGUUCGGCUCUGGCCAGGCUAGGGGCAAUGGCGACACCGUACAUUGCGCAGGUGCUGUUUCAAACUUCGAUCUGGAGUGCCGUCGCCGUUUACGGCAUAUUUGCUAUAUUUGCCAGCGUGGCGUGCAUUUUGUUACCCUACGAAACCCGUGGUGCAGACCUGGCGCACUAAGCAGCCUACAUCAACCCUUACCUCCAGUCG